AUGUUUCUGGCAGAAAACUCUCUGAAAGCAAAUGUGCUUGUUUUCGACUGUUUCCAUGAUGUUCUCAACAAGGGGACCAUCAGUCAUCACAUACAAUAUAUGAUAGAGGUGUUUAUGCAGGUCCAGAAAGACAAGUAUAAGGACAACCCAAUCAUACCAGAUGGGUUGGACCUUGUAAAGGAAGAGGAGAAAAUUACACACCACAUAUGCCUUGAAGAGGAGUUGCAGGUGCAAGAAGGGCUCAAUAUUCUCAAGUUUGACCCCAAUUACACAGAGAAUGAGGAAAAGUAA